AUGCCGCUGCGUCGGUCGGGCCUGCAAAAGGAUGUCCUCUCACUCUAUCGAAGAGCACUACGCAUGGUGUCCACCAAACCUGAGCACGCGCAGUCAAGGUUCCGAACAUUUGUGCGGUACACCUUCAGGACCGAAGCAACGUCCGUAUCUCCGCGGGAUAUUGGAGCGAUAGAAUUCCUCCUCCGACGCGGCAGGAGACAGUUGGAGUUGUACGAAAAUCCGAAAGUGACCGACUGCUUCGUAAGCCCGGAGAUGUAUGAGUGGGAUGCACAACAUCCAGGUCGACGCGAGCACAGAACGUGA